GGAGGGAAAUCCCACUCCCAGUUCAGAUGUGUGUUGGGGGCGGUUGCUGUGAAAUGGGGGUCCUGUAGCCGAUGUGUGUGAAUGUAGGCUAAUCCUGCGUGUGUGCUUGAACGUGUAUAUUAUAAUAGUUCGAAGUAUUAGAAUAGUCCGGCCUACAUACAAACAAUAUAAGUAUUUUAACCUAGUAGGCUACCAUGGACAGUAUGUGCGAUUUUAUGUUUUAUAAAUAGCAUAUGCAUGAACUGCGGUCUCAUUGAAGGACACGAACGAGGGGCAUUAGUAAAGCAAUCGGACCUCAGAUCAUCAUGUCUACGUCGGCUACGAACAAUGGUAGACCACAUACGGACGAGAAAUGCAAACAGCGAAAAUACCAAUCUUUUCUCUUCUAUCAGGCCGUGCGAGAUCUAAAGCCUGUUUGGAUGUUGGAGGACAUGCGGACAAUGGAGACUUUUUACUGGGAGGAAGACGCCAGCCAGAGAUCCUACACUCCCUCGGAGGCAUUGCUGUACGCUAUCGUACAUGACCACCAAGCCUACGCUCAAUACUUGCUCAGUCAUUACACCGAUGAAGCACUGGCCAUGCCCGGCGAGCGCUUUUGCUGCUGUCCAUCAUCGGCCCCGCAUUUGGCGAUGGCUGUCAGAUAUGACAGACGGGACAUACUAGGUCUCAUAUUGCAAGAAGCGCAUCGACUACCUAGUCUGCGGUCAUAUAUGAACCGAGGCGGAUGUUUUCACAUGGAGGACGGUAAAACUCCACUGCAUCUGGCCUGUGAGCUCCUGCGCUCAGAGUCCGUUAUUCUGUUGUUGGGCAACGGCGCCUCGCCACAGGCAGAAGAUCAAAACGGUAUGACGCCAUUGGAUGUCAUUUUGGAACAGCUGUGGGACUCCAAAGUGAACAUUGGGCCCAAAAAGCUGUGUCUUGACAACUUGUUAAUGUUUAUGCCAGAGAUUCGUUUCAAAAUGAAGAGUGCGCUCGAAGGAGACCCAGUUUGUUGGUCCAAAGUCCUAGGUGAGGACAAAUUCAAAUACCUCGUUGGACAGAAGCCAGCUCCACUGUUUCUCAUGGCUAUGCAAACAAUUCUGAGGCAGCUUCCACCAGAGCAGUUCCCUGACAGCCUAGAUGAGCUUCCCAUACCCUCUUCAUUGAAACCACUACCCUGCAAACAGCUUGGACAGCUGAAAGUGUUUUAAACGUGUUUUGACAAGUUUAAAAAAACUGUCUACAUUAUGUAUUUAUAUGAAUGUUUUAGCAUGGUUAAGAUAUCUGUGUGAUGAGCAUGUAGGCCCUAUGUAUUGUUGUGUCAAUACAAACCCCUUGUAUGAAAUUAAGAGGCUAUAAGAAUGGGUGCUAAUUAUGAUCAUAUCUGUGAUUCAAGUUUCAUAUGAAAUGAAGAGGUAAUUGUGUAAAUUAUUUUUAUUUGAUUUUUAAACCUUUUUAUAUAAGUUGUAUGCAAAUGUCUCAGAGUGGAGACUACAGUAUAACAAUAUAUUUUCAUUGCUGUGCUGAAUUUACGCUUUUAUAGCCUACAGAACAAAGACCAUGUGUGAUUGGUUAUCUGUAUAGAAUGAUUACCUCAAAUAUGUUUAAUAACUUAAUAGGAAUUAUGAUCUAGGAACUUUUAAACAUAUUUAAAAUGCCACUAUCAAUUCCAUUAUGCUUCUCCAGUGAGCGCUUUCCUCAUUAUCAACAUAAUACUAAAGAGAAAAGGGAACUUGAGAAACAAAUAAAUCGAAACUCGCUUCA